CGGCUCCUAUUGGUCUCAGCCAUUGAAUGGUUUUCUCUGCUUUUUUCAGAGAAAAAACGACUAGAGACCUGUUUUUUAAGUCUUUUUGAUGAUGUCGGACAGGGUCCAACAUUGGACCAGGAAGGGAAAAUUGUAAUGUCGGACCUGUUCCGACAUAGGACCGCAAAGGGUUAAAGGUCACUAUGAAAUGCUGCACAAAGCAACAUAUUUUGAGUUUAUUGGAAAUGAAAGAAGCAUUAGAGUCAACUAAAGGUUUUUCUGAAAAUGAGAAGAAAAAAUUAAAGUGCUGUGGAUGCCAUGAACAACACAACCACAGGAAAGGACUUUUUUUAACUUCAAGAAGCCAUGGAAAGUUCAGAAUUACCUUGGAAGAAACUAACUGGGAUUACAACAGAGGGUGCACCAUAUAUGACUGGACAAAAGAGUGGACUGGCUAGCAGAGUGCUGGAAAAAAUUUAAGAAAGAAAUACAGAAGUCCCAAAUUUCUUACACUGGAUUCUGCAUCAACAGGCAUUAUGUGGAAAAGUUGCAGAAUUAGAACAUUGAGCAUUGUUAUCAAGUGUGAGAGAAAAGAAGUUCCAAGUGUCCAGACAGAAGUCAUAAAAAGAAACAGUUGUGUGGACGAUCUGAUGGAUGAGAAGGACAAGGCAAAGAGGGCGUCACGUAACAAGUCUGAGAAGAAGCGACGAGACCAGUUCAAUGUUCUCAUCAAAGAGCUUGGCACGAUGCUUCCAGGAAAUACCCGUAAAAUGGACAAGACCACAGUGCUGGAACGGACCAUUGACUUUCUACAGAAACACAGCGAACUAUCAUCAAAUACCGAAACAACUGUCAUUAACCAAGACUGGAAGCCUUCAUUUCUGAGUAAUGAGGAGUUUACCCAGCUUAUGUUAGAGGCAUUAGACGGCUUUCUCAUUGCAGUAACUACAGAUGGAAAUGUUAUUUAUGUUUCUGACAGUAUUACUCCUCUGCUAGGACAUUUACCGUCCGAUGUUAUGGAUCAGAACUUAUUACAUUUCCUCCCAGAACAAGAACUUUCAGAAGUUUACAAACUGUUAUCCUCACAUUUGUUAGUGAAACAUCCCACCUCUGCAAACUACCUUAACUCUGAAAAUGGCUUGGAGUUCUGUUGUCACCUCCUGCUUGGAAAUCUAGACCCAAAGGAACCUCCAACAUAUGAAUAUAUUAAAUUUGUAGGACAUUUCCGAUCCUUCAACAAUGUGCCUAGUUCCUCCUGCAAUGGCUUUGAUGGGGCUAUUCAGAGGACAUUUAGAUCGGCUGUUGGUGAACAAGUCUGCUAUGUGGCUACUGUUCGACUAGCAACACCUCAGUUUAUAAAGGAAAUGUGUAGAGCUGAAGAGCCCUUUGAAGAGUUUACAUCAAGACACAGUCUGGAGUGGAAGUUUUUAUUCCUUGAUCACAGGGCUCCACCAAUAAUAGGAUAUCUUCCUUUUGAAGUUCUGGGGACUUCUGGGUACGAUUAUUACCAUGUGGAUGACCUGGAGCAACUAGUAAGAUGCCAUGAACACUUGAUGCAGUUUGGAAAGGGAAGAUCUUGCUGCUACAGGUUUCUGACCAAAGGACAGCAGUGGAUCUGGCUGCAGACCCAUUACUAUAUCACCUACCACCAGUGGAACUCCAAGCCAGAGUUCAUCGUGUGCACUCAUGCCGUUGUAAGGAAAAGUAAUUGUUCAUCAGAGAUUUUUUUCCUUAGCGCCAAGGGAGUUCAAACAGAAGGAAGGCAAGGACUCUGUUUGGAUGACAGCCCCACUGAACUUGUUGUCUCGUCUGUACUCAAGCGGCAGGAUUCCAGUUUGGACUCCCAGCAGCACCUGAAUAACACCCUAGAUGUUACCACUUCAUUGCUGAGUAGAAGCCAAACGUCUUCUGUGUCUUCACGGAUCUCCCACAAGUCCUCCCAGACAGCUCUUUCUGAUUCUUCAUCAGCCACCCCAUCAAGGCUCAUUGCAGAGUCCAGCACACCUGCCUUGCUAACUGCUACAGCGGUGCAGCCGGACCUUCCCCAGCAGAGACUGCAAACUGCCUCAAGCCAGGUCUCCAUGGCAACACAAUCAUCAUUAGAUCUGCUGCCUCAGCAGUUCAUGCAACAGCACACAAUGCCAUGCCAGCCUGUACAGAUUGCACAGUUUGGAGCGAUCCAGAAUAUUAAGGACCAGCUGGAGCAGCGAACACGUAUUCUACAGACAAACAUCCGGUGGCAACAGGAGCAACUGCACACAAUUCAGGAGCAGCUCUGCAUUGUCCAGGACUCCAGUAUACAGAUGUUUCUGCAGCCAUCCACAGUCUCCACAGGUUUCAGUAACUUACAGCAGCAUCCCCCUCAGCAUCAGCAGCCGGAGCAGGAGAAAUCGGGGAUAACUGCUCAACAAGUUCACAGCAGCCCACAACUGCAAAGCCAACUGGCAUCUUUACAGAUAGGAAGCCAACACUUGUCUACAUCCCGGCAGAACGUGGGGGAAUCUAAUGUCAAAUCCAGCCAGGUCCAUGAAGAAAACCCAGGGAGAAGUGCAAAUCAAUCUUCAGGCAGUUUAACACCCCACUACAGUAAUCCCAUGAUGCUUCCUCAGACCCCAGCAGUAACUCCCGAGUCACGAGACAACAUCCAGUGUCAUCCAGCAUCUGACUUGAGCCAUGACAGACAACUGAGAAUGUUGCUCAGUCAGCCCAUCCAGCCAAUGAUACCUGGUUCAUGCACUGCCAGGCAACAGUCUCAGGAGCUCAGCAUAUCUGAACAACAAGCAAAGUUCCUUCAGAAUCACCAGUUACACCGAGGUGCAGGAGCCCAGCCAUCUACCAGCACCAGCAACACAUCCUUGGUCUCCACCACAGUCCUCAUAGGCCAAGCAGUAAUGCACCCAGGAUUCACAGUGACACAGCCUAACCAGCCUCAGCAAAUAGCUAUGCAACUCCAGAACCCACAGCAACAAUACCUGCAGCAAAUUCAGUCGAGCAGCACUCUGAACAACGACCAACCAGAUGCUUUGCUCCUGCCUUCAUCUUAUCAACAACAACAGCAAGGUACUCUGGGAUACCACACACAGCAGCACAGACAAGCGACACCAAGACGACAGCCUCACCAAGUCUUCUACCAAAAGAACCUUACUGAACAUAAAGGCCGGGGCCACAUGUAAAACCAUACUGUGGAAACAUCAAUUCACUUUACAAACUUGCAGUGCCACCAAGUAGGCAGUCUAAUCACCAGGUCAUUGUUGAUGUACAGCAAGGGUCUCCAACCCCGGUCCUGGAGAGCGACUGGGUCUUCUGGUUUUCAUUUCAACCGAGUUCUAAGUUACUUAAUUGCACCAAUUGUUGGCUUAAUUAGUCAAGAUCAACAGGUGUUCCAGAUCUUUAGCCACUGAUGAUGUAAAGACACCUAUAAAACCUGCAGGAUAUGGUCUUUCCAGGACCAGGGUUGGAGACCCCUGAUAUACAGAAUUAUAUAAAUUCUCUGCUGAAAAACCCAUUUGAAAGGGGUCAUUUUCACAAGAACUUUUCACAACUGCAUCUUGAAUUAUUUGGCCUAUGCAUGCACUUGUUUUUUUGUUUUUUUAAAUACAGUUGCAUGUAAGCAUUGCAGUGCUGCAGGAGAGUGACCCUGUUAUUAUAUAUUACAAUGAUAAGGGGAGGGGGGCUUUUUAAGUACAAAAAAUAUGAUAUUCUUUUUAUUGCACUACACAUCCAGCACUUACUGAUGUACUGAACUUGUUUAUAGAUGAAUACUGUACUUCUUACCCUUGACAUACUCAAUAUCUAACCAGAAAUAUAUUGCUUCUUCAAGGAGAACCGAACACUGGACAGUUCUGUUUAUGCAAUGUUUGCCGUUAAAGAGGAAAUUAAGCUUUGAUUUUAAAAGAAAACUGUACUGUACCAUGUUUAUCUGUCUAUAUAACAAUUUAGAUGUGUUAUAAAUUCAUCUUAUUGCUUUGAAAUGAUUGUCUCUGCUACCGGUAUCUCAGGUUUAGUUUAGAUUUGUUUUUAAACUCCCAGACCUCACUGAUUACCCUCUUCUAAAUAUAAAAAUGAUUGUUUUUCCUGGUUUUGUCACAUAUCAUUCCAAUAAUCUGAGCCUCAGUGAUAUUGUUCAGAUUUGCUAGCCAGUAUAUUUAGAUUGAAUUAAUUCAGAAAUCAACAAUUACAACCUAUUUUGUCUGUAAAAUUAAAGAGGUUAAAAGAUGUUGGAGGGAGAUGGACAAACCUUUAGAUGGGGAGAGGAAGAGGGUAGAGGUUUCUUACUUAAUUAUGAUCCCCAUUUUGACUUCAUGGAAAACCAAUAAGUGAAUGGCAGCCCAAUGACUUUACCAGCAUGGAAGAGCUUUAUCAAUACUGUAAAAAAAACAUUUUAUUUGUGCGCCAUUCAUUGAAACAUAAAUGGUUGCUAAAUGUGCAAUGUACUGUAUACAAUUUUACUGUCUGUCGCUAAAAAUAAUCUCAUUUUGAGUUUCUUGAAAACCGGCCAACAUAUUGUCUCCAAACAAAUUAAAAAGGGAUUUUAAAAGAACAGAAUGUAUAGUCACAUACUUUCUAUACUACUGCUCCCAUGCAAAUACACUUUUUAAAGUGUCCAAUGGAAGGUGUUUUGAGUCUGUCACAUUGGAAUGUAUACUGUUGGCUGUAGGGCACAAGCACGUGCAACAGCUGGUCAGCACCAUUAAGAAGCUUGAUUCAGCUCGACCCAAAUACAGAGAAAAUAACUAUUUUUGACCUAUUUGCAGUUACUGGUAUUGAAAUAAGCUGAUAAGAAUUCAGGUUGUUUCUUUGAAUAUACUGGUGUACACAGCAACCAGCUUUGUAACUGGUUGACAUUAUUGAGGUUUUAUUUGUCCUAUUUAAUUAAAUAUCCUAAUUAAUUACAUAUUGUUAUUGUUCAAAGCGUAUACAAUAUAGUUUCUGAGUACUAGUAAAAAUAAAUGCUUUAUUAACACGGUAAAUAGGACUAUACACCAUAUUAAGAGCGUUGCAAAUGUAACAAACCAUGGAAAAACACAGUCAGGGAAUGUUAUUUGAAGAAGAUGGGUUUUAAAAAUAACAUCACAAUUUGAGAUUAAUUUCCUCUUUAAUUAAAUGCACUUUUUUGCUUUUCAUGUAAAUGUUUUAUUGAUAUUUGUAGAAAGCUAAAGUUUAUGCAAGUAACAAAAGUGAUAGUUGUGUACUGUACAGUUGUUUUAAUAUAUUACCUAAUUCUGUAUAAAACCAAUUGUAUGGAAUUAUGUGGAUAUUAUUUUGUAUAUGAUACACCAAUUCAUUACACAUAAUAUGAAAGUUUCUUUUUUGUGUAAGUGGACUUUUUGUAAUAAAUGGAAUGAUUUGUAAUAUUUCCUGCAGAGAUAGUCUCAUGUUUUAUGUCACUGGCUUUGCAUAAAUAGCAAUUUCAUUUUUGUUUUGUACUUCUUAUUUUAGAAAAUGUUCAGAAAGGUACCAUAAGCAGAAAAUACAGCAGUUUCAAAGAUUAUUUUAGUAUUGUAUUAUCCGGUGGUAGCUCGUCAAUGUUUACCUUUUAACCCUGUGCCUUGGUAUUCCUAUAUUAUGAAUCAUGUUUUGUCUGGUAGAUUCAGGAAUUAAAAUUACUGAAACAUAUUUAAAAUACAAGUUGAAUUGAUUGUCUGUCAUUUUCAGCAAGACAAAACUGCUUCUCCCUACUGGCCACUGUAACAAGAGUACCAGUCUACUCAGUCCACAACCAGGUCAGUGCAAGCACAGUCUCACCGAAGUCAAAUUGGACAUAAAUCAUCUUGGACCUAAGUCAACUUGGACUUCAAUCAACUUUAUGGUGAAAUCAGAGGUAAAUACGGUCAGACCACUAAAUAAUAAUCAAUCUGAGUCAUAAUUUCACUAACCUUAACUUUACAAAGACAGCAAACAAAUUCAAAGUGAAAUAACUGUAUGUGUUGUAUUGCAAGACAGAAUGGGCCCAGACAGAAUGGGCCCAGAUUUCACCAACAAGAUUUAACAUACAGGUUAAAAAUUAUCAUAAACGCCUGAAAGUUGAAAUAAAAGGCAAAAGAGGAAACACAAAAUACUAAAGGCGGGGUGCCAAUACUUUUGUCAGUAUUUACAUGUUUUCCCUUGGUCACAUACUAAGAUUACAUGGCCUGAAUUAUCAUUUUCCUGCAGAUGACACCCAAAUGUAUGCACAUACUAAAUCUGAUGUUGAUGUUGCUGCCUCUGUGCUUGCUGAUUGCAUUUCUGAUAUUAAGAAUUGGAUGUCACAAAACUUUCUGCAUCUUAACUGUGACAAGACAGAGGUUAGGUUGCUAGGCACUGCCCACCAGUUACGUAAAACCAAUGCUGUAAACUUGUCAGUUGAUGGUUCUAUGCUUGAGUUUAAAUCCAAAAUGAGAAAUAUGGGAGUUAUUUUUUAUCUGAAAUAUCGCUAGGGUGUGACCUAUGCUUUCUGCUUCUGUAGCUGAAAAGCUGGUUCAUGCAUUUAUUUUUUUCAAGAAUUGAUUAUUGUAACACUCUGCUUGCAGGCAUCUCCAAAAGCACGCUGUCCAAAUUACAACAUGUUCAGAACUCAGCAGCUCGUAUCCUGACAAGGUCACGUGCAAGGGAUCACUCCUGUUCUAGAGUCCCUGCACUGGUUGCCUGUCAGGUUUCGUGUUGGUUUUAAAAUGUUACUUCUUACUUUUAAGGCUUUACAUGGUUUGGCUCGACAGUAUUUAUCUGAUCUCUUAUCAGUCUACACCGCUUCACGCAACCUUCACUCAACUGAUCUUGGAUUGUUAUGUGUCCCCUCUGUUCAGGCGCUAUAUAAAAUAAAGUUUAUUAUUAUUAUUAUGAUGAUGAAUAAAUAC